GUGACGUCAUCGUUGGCGCGGUAUGUUCGAGUUUGUCCGUCGCAGUUUUGAGAGGCUGUGUCGACUGCUUUGUGUUUCUCUGAAUUGAGCUGAUACUUCAGUCCACUGUAGUGAUGGACAUGUCUGGUGCUGAUCAACACAUGACUGAUGUCGGACUCAUCCGACCAGACGUGCACAUAGAGGUUCAUGUGAAAUCUGAGAGUACGGUGACGAGAUCCGAUGUACGAGCUCAUGUGCUCUUACUGCUGGAUCGACACAGCUCUGUUUUAGGGUCCUACAAGUGGACGGAGUUUGACGAUGAAUUUCUAACAAUAAAUGUGCAGUCAGUCACGGUCACAGAUAUAACUGGUUUCAAAAAGUUUGUAGAUCUGAAGCUCCACAACCUCUGUAUCUAUAUAUUCUCUCUCAAUGACGACGUUCCAACCGCACUCACACUGGAGGAGGAGGAGGAGCUCUCUGCUGCCAUUCACUGGCUCCUCCCAUCAGCUGAGUUUCAUGGCAUUUGGGAGUGUUUAGUUUAUGAAGACAACAUCAAAACACAACUCUUGGAUUAUGUGACCACGACAAUUUUCUUCUCUGACAAAAAUGUCGACAGCAAUCUGAUUGCCUGGAAUCGAGUCGUCUUACUUCACGGGCCGCCUGGCACGGGAAAGACGUCUCUGUGUAAAGGACUCGCUCAGAAACUCUCCAUUAGACUGUCUGGCAGGUACGCGUAUAGCCAGUUUGUGGAAAUCAACAGUCACAGUCUCUUCUCCAAGUGGUUCUCGGAGAGUGGAAAACUGGUUACAAAGAUGUUCCAGAAGAUUCAGGAGCUUAUUGAUGAUAAAGAUGCCCUGGUGUUUGUUCUUAUAGAUGAGGUGGAGAGUCUCACAGCUGCACGCAACGCUGCUCAGGCGGGAACAGAGCCGUCUGAUGCCAUACGGGUUGUGAAUUCUGUCCUGACCCAGCUGGACCAGAUCAAACGGCACCCGAAUGUGGUGAUUCUCACUACAUCAAAUGUGACAGAGAAGAUUGAUUUUGCUUUUGUAGACAGAGCGGAUAUAAAGCAGUACAUCGGCCCUCCCAGCGCCAACGCCAUAUUUCACAUUUACCUGUCCUGUCUAGAGGAUCUCAUGAAGUGUCAGAUCAUCUACCCCAGACAGCAGCUGUUGAGACUGGAGGAACUGGUCACCAUGAACUUCACGGAAAGUGACUUGACUCAUCUGAGUUUAAUGUUGAGGGACAUCUCGCAGAAGAGUGUUGGAUUCAGCGGACGGACCUUGAGAAAAAUCCCAUUUCUGGCUCACGCGCUCUAUGGAAAGACCCCCACAAUGACAGUCAAGAGUUUUCUGAAGGCGAUGGAUCGUGCUGUGGACAAUCAGAAACAGGAGCAAGCAAACCUGGUCAACUGUGUUUGAACACAACACUACAGCAACAAACAUGUGUUUUCUCAUUCGCUCAUCACCGUGAUCCUUGAACACACCAGACGUUUACACCUGUUGAGUCUGUUGACUCGUUUUAUUUGAAGUUAGGACGGCAUCGUGAGCAUUUUGAAUCUGUUCUGUUUUAGGAGAGGUUUUGAGCUCAUAUUCAUAAGGUGCGUAAUUCUGCUUGUUGUAACGCAGGUGAUCCGUACGCGCGUCACAAACAUAAAACGCACGCACAGUAUCUACUACAGUUUGCAUAUGAGCGGAUCUUUUUUAUGUUCGGAUUUUAUACAUGUACAUAUUUAAACAUUUGAUUAAAAUGAGUGAAUGAGUGUCACAUUCCUUGGUUCUUU